UAUACACAACUUACAAAAUACCCCAUCAAAAAUUGCGCCCCAAUUGGUACUUUAUUCCAUAUUUAGUGCUCUACCUUUGACCAGUGUCCAUAGGGCUUUGGUUAAAAGUAGUGCACUAUAUAGGGUUAAGGGUGCCAUUUGCGACCUAACCUAACAGUGGCCACCUUGCUCACUCUCUCUUACUAUGACUAUACAUAGCUAGCAAGGUAACAAAGGGGGUACUUUGAGUGGACUAUCCCUUUAACCAAAAAAAGCCAGGCUGGAUGUUUAGCUACAUCACUUUGGAAUGCAUUGAAUUCCCGUGUUUUUAUUUUUUUUCCCAUUGUGGUCAUCCAUCCAUCUUGUGUCUGUUUUUACAUGCGUCCGCACGGAUUAGAGGUGUAGAGUUGGUGGGUAUAGCAGGCCAUUCCCAUCUCCACUGUGCUGCUCAUCCCUCUGCAUUCCAGGGCAGAGCCGGCCGAGAGGCGGGAGUGUACUGUAUUUUUGAGCAGCACUGCUAUGACCUUUGACAUCUGGGUAGGGUUGCGCCCAAAUGGCAAGGAAUAGGGUGCCAUUUGGGACACAGCCUGUGAUUUGCUGAUGCAUUUCCUUACAAAACUCUGGACAUGUUGGAGAGCAUUACAUGAUUAAUGCAAUCAAUCUCAAACACCCACUUGGUUAAAUCUCCCAUCUGAAAUGAUUAGAUGGGAGGAGAGAGCAUUUGGUCAGAACCUCUCCCUAGCCUAACAUUGGGCUAGGUGGAGCUAUUGGUAUAUUCAGGGAUGGUAAACUAGUCACCUUUCGGCGAAAUCCGCUGUUUUGAAUCCAAAAUAGGUGACCUAUGUGAUUCGUGUCGAUCCGAUGAGAAACGUUUGGGCGAGGGGGUGGCUUUGGAUUACUACUGGCUGUAUGCGAACGAGUGAUGCGUGUUUGUGGCAAUACUGGCUGUAUCCAAAGCUCAGCCCAUCGUUUACAUAACAACAGAAUGCAGCACGCGACUGAAGAGAGAAGAGGCAACCAAUUAGCUAAUUAUGGUAUCAGCGCGCGCUCUGGAAAAAGAGGAUAGGGGAAUGGCAGUUUGCCAGCUACAGCAGCGCGUCUCCUGAACGAUAACAAAGAGGUCCUGUGGAAAAACAUAAUAAUCUACUUAAAGAAGACGAGUGCUGUUGCUCGUAGGAGCGUAUCAAGACUGAGGAGGGUGAGUACUUCCUGAAGGUGCUGAUCCCCAGCUAUGCGGCCGGCUCCAUAAUUGGCAAGGGCGGCCAGACCAUCGUACAGCUGCAGAAAGAGACGGGCGCCACCAUCAAGCUGUCCAAAUCCAAAGACUUCUACCCAGGAACCACAGAGCGUGUAUGUCUGAUACAGGGUACAGUCGAGGCGCUGAAUAGCGUCCACAGCUUCAUUGCGGAGAAAGUCCGUGAGAUGCCUCAGAGCGCCCAGAAAACAGAGCCAGUCAGCAUACUACAACCACAGACCACUGUCAACCCCGACCGCGUCAAACAGGCUAAAUUGAUUGUGCCCAACAGCACGGCUGGGCUGAUCAUCGGUAAGGGCGGGGCCACGGUCAAGGCGGUGAUGGAGCAGUCGGGUGCCUGGGUGCAGCUGUCCCAGAAGCCUGAAGGCAUCAACCUGCAGGAGCGUGUGGUCACCAUCAGCGGGGAACCCGAGCAGAACUGCAAAGCCGUGGAGAUCAUCGUGCAGAAGAUCCAGGAGGACCCUCAGAGCAGCAGCUGCCUCAACAUCAGCUACUCCAACAUCUCAGGCCCCGUGGCCAACUCCAACCCCACCGGUUCCCCCUACGCCAACUCAGCCGAGGUCCUCCCCAACGCAGCCGCGGCUGCCGCCACCGCCUCCAGCCUUCUGGGCCAGGCCGGCCUGGCAGGAAUGGGCGGCUUCCCGGGCACCAUGUCCAGCUUCUCUGGCAAUGACCUGCUGGCCAUCACCUCGGCCCUCAACACUCUGGCCAGCUAUGGCUACAACACCAACACCCUGGGUCUGGGCCUCAACCCCGCUGCCGCCUCUGGGGUCCUGGCCGCCGUGGCUGCUAGUGCUAACCCAGCCGCUGCUGCCGCCGCUAACCUCCUGGCCUCCUAUGCCAGCGAUGCCUCCGGCGGCUCCGGCCACCCCGCUGUCGGCCUGGGCGGCUUCUCCCUGGGCUCACUGGCUGCCGCCACAGGGGCCUCCAACGGUUACCUGAACGCCUCAUCCCCACUGAUGGCCUCUUCCCUGCUGGCCACAGAGAAGCUGGGAGACGGGGCCAAGGACGUGGUGGAGAUUGCCGUGCCCGAGAAUCUGGUGGGCGCCAUCCUGGGGAAAGGUGGUAAAACGCUGGUGGAGUACCAGGAGCUGACAGGCGCCCGCAUCCAGAUCUCCAAAAAGGGAGAGUUCAUCCCCGGCACGCGAAACCGUAAAGUUACCAUAACAGGGUCGCCCGCGGCAACACAAGCUGCCCAGUAUCUGAUCAGCCAGCGGAUCACGUAUGAGCAGGGUGUGCGUGCCACCAACCCACAGAAGGUGGGCUAAAUGGGAAAAAAAUGGUAAAAUAAAGGAAGGAUGGAGACAGAGAAAAUAAAAGGGAAUCGAGGGUCACGGCGAGGGGAAGAAAAUGUCCAAAUAUCCGUUCAAUAUUUCAGUAUUAAAAAGAGAAGAUCACAAAGGAGGAAGAGGUGGGGAUAAAACCAAGAUAAGUUUGUGUGAUAUGUGAUUGUGUUUUUAGGACCGAGGUCCUGAUGUUUUUAAAAAGUUGUGAAGAGUCCUUUUGAUGAUGGCGAUUAGAGUAAAGCUGAACUGGUCCACUGCCAAGCUGCAGAUCCAGGGGUGAGCACAUGAGUUCACCCCCAUUCAGAAACCUCACAGCUGGGUUUGUUUUGGGUUUCGUUCUCUUCCGUUUCACUCUUCUAUCAUUGUGUGGGUUUUUCAGCUUCAGUUGCAGACCUCCGCUCCAGGUGAGUUGAGAGUCAGUUGAUGUUCCAGACAAGCUAAAAGAGCAGAGAUGGAUGUUUACUCAUGCCUUUUUCCUUUGAUGUUAACCUUGCUCCAUGUGAACAAAGCAAAAAAGUCCUUGUCUACAUGAGAGAGGUUAAAUGAUGCUCACCAGAGGUCGUCCAAAACCAUUAAGCAUCCAUUUUAUUCUAAAUUCUUAACGGAUAUCACAUUGUUAAUGACAUGCCACUGUAUGAUUCAUAUCAAAAUUAAGAUUUUAACACUUUGGUUGUUAUAAUUUUUAUUUUCAUCAAUUAUUUAUUGAAAUAUGGUCUCAUUCAAACACGUAUAGAUUAUUUUAACCUGUGAAUUCGGGUUGAUAUGAAUGUAAAGACAGUAUUAUUGUUAUUUUGUUACUAACGAGGAUCACAUUUUGAGUUGCAGUGACAGAUAUGUAUAGUUUUAACCCAGAACUGCACAGUAACUAUAUAUGAGUGUAGAUCAGGGGUCAAAUGUUCAAUGUGAGAGGAUAGAUGAGACACACAGGAAUGUACACACACAUACACAGGAACACACAUAGACAAUCAUUCAUACAUGUAGACCGCCACCCACAUACACACCACUUUUGGUGCUACGAAAACAUAACUACAGAUAGGCUUAUAUCUCCUGUAUUACCUAAAUUGAAAAUCCCUUUUGAGAUGCCAAGCAUUGUCCAUUCAUCUAUAGUUUACGGGAUUUAGUUCUGCCUUUAUGUGAGUAAAGUAAGACUGGAUUUCAUGCUACGAUUGUCAGUCUUAAUAUUUUACCCCAGUAAAUCAGUUGUCCUUUAGUUGCCAUGGCAAACUGUUUCUUGUACCAUCAUGGGCAGUUUAGAUCCAAAUAACGUAGUUACUGGUUUAAAACCAAUCAUUUUAUACUAUUGUCAUAAAUUGGCCCUGUACUUUGAGUUUGCCAGCCGAUAUUGCUCCUUGCGACAUACUCCGACAGUAUGUAGAAAUAUGAUUAAACCCCCAUGGGAAGGAGCAUUGUAUCCGAAAGAGAAGACGGCACUAUACACAGCUUGAGGUAUGUUACAUUACCUUUUCAAUUGAAGAAACAUCUAACCAGAAGAGUCCCCCAAGGGAACGAAGCACUACAAAGCAGUUUUGUUAAGAAAAGCAGUUUGAACCUUAUCUGUGAACAAGAAGACGAUUGCUUUAGAUUUAGGGUGGCUGGUAGUCAAGAGAGACACUAAUGAGAAAGAAAUGGAGUCACCAUGAAACACAUUUGGACUGAAACCAUUUGGAGUUUGUUGUGAACCAUUCUUCCCAAUCAGAGUAAAUACCAAUAUGGAGUCAAACAGUUUAUGCAGUUGGUCAGUCGAACUUGUUAUCUUGCCUAAAGCAGACAUUGAAACUAGCUUAUAUUGGCAGUAGUGCAUAAUGCAUUGCUGAAACAUUUUGCUGACAUUCUGUAAGGAUAAUUGCAGGGGGGGGGGGCGUAACUGUCUCCUAGAACAUUCUCAAACAAACAAAAAUUACCCUUGCUUGCUUCUGCGCUGCUAUACAUUGGUUUUCAUCCGAGUACACUGGGUCUAUUAUGACUGCACUGUGAGACACAACGAAGAAACAACGCAGUGUGCCUGUCCCUUCUUGAGCCAAGUGUUCAUAUUUUGAUGUACAUAUCCAAGAAAUAGGCCUACAGCUGACACACUCGCAUUGCAUGUUCUAGAGCAAAACCAGCCGAGCAGUGAGAUAAGGAACAUCUCCACAAAAACAUCCAUAAUGUGUUGUCUUGGAGAUGUUUUGGUUUACCAAUAAUAUUGCACAGCAGAGAGCUGCUACACAUUCAUAUUAAUGGAAGUCUCUUCUAAUGAUGAGUCCAGAGUCAUCAGUCAACCAUAUUGUCUUUUAUUAACCCAAAUGACUCCUAAUACAUUUAUUUUCCUGCACAGCAGUCCCUGAAUCUUAUUCUGGCCCUCUUUUCCAUUUCACGCGUUUAUCCUUAUGUAACCAGAGCUCUGUGAUUGGCUUUCAGUAAUACAGGACUGGAAGGGAUAGCGGCAGAGAAUCAAAGAAAAAGCAACACUCCCUUUUUAUGAGUGAAAUGACAACGCCCCUCCUCCACCAUACCUACCUACUCAAUAGUUAUUCUAAGGAAUGUUUGCUCGAGAAAGAAGUUACCUUUACCUCAUCUUACUAUCAACUAUGUGUUGGAGCACUCCGCAUGGCAUGGCACUAGCCACGAGCCCCAUUACCUUGACACACUGAAUACACGUUUCCCUUUCAUUAUAUUUCUGAAGGGAUGUGCUGUGACUUAUAACAGUACUCAAUGGUGCACUGGUUAUUUGAAAUGGCACUCCAGUUAAAAUAUCUGUAACUUCCACCCGUGGGGUUCAGAAACCUUCAUAUUUUAGCCCCUAACCUCACAAAAUGUUUACGUGAUUUAAAAUACAAGCACAAAUCAAGGUGAAUUUAGUAAUAUAAGCAAUGCAACUAGACUUGGUUUAGAGGACUUCUCUAGAGCUGUCUGAUCUAUACAUUGUCCUCUUUUUACGUUCAUUACAUUACUUACUUCGGCAUUUCUCCCACCCUUCAUAUGGUAUUUUUAGUGUAUUUUAGAACGCUCCUAUAUCCAGAUUCCCUUUUCUCUCUCCUCCAUUCUGCUCGCCCUCUCUCUCCUUUUUUCUGUCUACUCAUAGGCGCUGAUGUCUGGGGUUGCAGGGAGUGCCGAAGUGAUCGAUAGCAGUUAUGCACUAUAGGUCAUAAGGGUAUGCAAAUAUUUUCACAGCCCAUAGAGUUCACCAGGCAAAAAUGCACAGAAAACAACUGCCUCCAAACUGUGACACCCCACAAGACCAACAAGCAACAUUGGUUCAAACUACGGUAUCAAAUUCCCUACUAAAAGAGGAACAAGUAGGAUUUAGACAGGCUUACAAUUGUAAUAUAUGACCUUUUAGGGGAACAGGAGAGGUUAUGUAUUUUUUUCUACUGGAAAGCAAAAUAAGUAAGCAAAUCUUUUUUCAAUGAGCAAAUGUCUGUUGGUUGACCAAACAUAACUUAUUUUUCAGCCUUUUAAACAGGAGUUUAUUUUUAAAAAAGUUCAUGAUAGAGCGCAAGAGAAAGAUGGGAACUCGUUCGUGACCUCAUGCUGAAACAGUGACAUCCUUUAUGCAUAUCCUCUUAUCUGAAAAAUGACUAGAAAUUAAUUUCUGUGGAAUAUGUCAUGUCAACAUGAUGUAUAUGUAUGUUAUUGUAGCUAUUCUAGUUUGUAGUCCAAAUGCAGUCCAGCGUCUCGUCAAUACAAUGUGAAACUCUAUGUUAUCUUUGUGUGGAUGAUGAAGAGUGCCAACUAAGCCUGAGUAAGAUUAGCUUCGCUAUUUGUUUGUGCAUUACGAUGACUCAUCAUAUGGCGUCCAUAUUUCUGUCAUUUAGUUUGACCGUAAGAAAAAUGUAAAGAAUAUUGGAAGCAAUAUAGUAGCAUGUUGUCCUGUUUUGUGUUUUGGUUUUGUUUGUCGUAUGAACCUUUGAAAUUACUAAGAUUUUUAAUUAAUAGGUUUACAUGUACUUUUUGUAAAUUAUGAAAAUGCUGCUAUUUGAUAAGUAAAAUAUACAAAACAUUUUAGUCGAAAAGAUGUCUGGUCUGUUGAUUAGAAAGAUGCUCUAAAAGACAGGGCAUACAAUUAGGUGUAUAGAAUACUAUACAGUAUUGGUAAGAUAGUAACAGUAAUAAUAGACUCUAUAGUACAACCUGUGCCAAACUAGACUUCUGCAGCUUUUGAAAUUGUAGAUGUGCAAUCAAAUGUUAGAUAUUAAUAACUUGUUUAGAAGUGCUGAUCAGGUGCCAAUCAAACAAUGUUUUUAAGUUAAGAAAAGAUAAUCAAAUACAUGACUUAAGAAAACAAAGGAUGGAUAACUGUUUUGUGCAUUGUUUUACCCCAUAGCUACAUAGAGUAAGAGCUAAAGAUUGUGAUUUUUAUGGAUCCAUGUUGUUUUACACUCCAUGCAUCCCCUGUGUGUUCAUUUGACCUGUGGCUUAAGCACUGCUGUUUUUCACAAAUGUCUCUAUAGGCCAGCAUGGACUUAGCAUAACAUGUUAUAAGCAUUCAUAACAUAGUCAUUAACAAUCAGACAAAAUGUGUUUCGUGGAGUUAGGUGUUAUCUUUUUGCACGUCUUCUAUUGCAUGGUAUCAAAGUGAAAUAUGGAGGGGGAAAAAAUGAAUGCAAAAAAAAUGGAGGUGUUCUCGCAACAUUCAAAGACAUAACGUUGCAUGCAAUCAGUUGUAGAGCACUUACGUUAAAACCGCCUCAUAUUUAAAAAAAAUGGUUUAUUGUCGUAAGUUGGGAGGGGUUCUAUUAUUGUCAUGUUGGUCCAAAUACAACAUAUUUCAGAUCAAAUUCUCAUACAGUCCAUCUCUUUAUAUUAUUACAGAUAUGAUUUUGUUUUCUUAAGGUACCAUGAGGAGUAUUACAAAUGCGAAAAAUGUUAGUCAGUGUUAUUCUUGUGUUUUGCUUUCUAGAAUACCAGGCAUGCAUUUUUUAGGAUCAGGUUAAACCUCACAAAACCUGCGUAAUAUUUUUUACGAUUUUUUAUACUACAGCUUGAAUUCCCAGAUCUAAUCUAUGAAUGUACUACCAUUUGCUCAUUAUUUCUGUUGAAUGUUUAUCAGUCUUUAAAUGUGAAUUCAAGGCUGGAAUGUCAACUACAUGUAGCGUUAACAUAUUAUGUCAAGAACCAAUUUCAGCUAUAGUCAGGUAGGCCUGACAUGGCCAUAGUCAUAAUCCAGAUAUGUUUCAACAACACUUCAGAUUCGCUGUAAACAUUAUCCUGUAUGUUUGGUGUUGCAUAAAUGCACUUUACUUUUUACAAAUUACAUCUCCUAUUAUUGGAUGUGAAACAAAGCAAACAAUGUUCAUUUUCUGCCGUUUUUGUCAUUCUUUGCUGUUGCUCUGAUGUUAUUGUUUUAGUAAAAAAACAAACAAACAAACAAAAAAAUGAAACUUUUUGUGAAUGAUGAGAGGGUUUUGUGUAUCAGACUUCUCUGAAAAGGUGGCACCCGAGUCCUCACAAUAUCGAUUCUCAUUUCCUUUUAGCAAAGAUUUGUGUUAAUCGCAAUGAGCAAAUCUCUCUUUGAAGAUAGAAUCCUUUGUUGCUACAUACAUUUUUUUUACUUAUAAAUUAAUGAUAUAUACCCAUUGAUCCUUGAAGAAUAUAACUUAUACAUGCCUCAUAAGCUUAGUUCAACUGUCGUAUCACAGCAGAACCCCAAAUAUACGCUCAUUUUACUCCAUCUACAUUUGCUAACAAUGUAGAUGGAAACAAACGCUUUAUGGCCUCAAAACAUGGUUAAAACUAAAAUGUUAAUAUCAUGUAUAGUCAGUCCUUGCAUCCAUUGCUCUGUCUAUGAAUUUGAGUUGUUACAUUUCUCCAGGCCCAUCCCUCAGCUUUGUAAUUUCUUUCAAUUAAGGAUUCUAGAUUUAAAAGAGGGAGAGGGAACUUAAGAGUGGAACUGUUCCACCUUGUCAUGUUGCAUUAUGCUGCCUUGAAAUCUAGUGGUGGGAGUAUUUUUGAGAACAAAUUGGCAUUGAAAGCAUGGUAAACCUCAUACAAUGUCUCUAUGUUCGGUUAUCAGAGUCCAUGUUUGUUACGUUACAGAAUGCUAUCCCAAGGUCUCGCUGAUAUAAUAUUAGAUCAGAGACAAAUAUAGCACCGGAAAAAUGUGAUCGCUUCGGUCAUACCGCUGUCAGUGUUGGUGUAUUUGACGACAACAACAUUUUAGAACCCUAUGUAACCUAAAAUGGCCUAACUAAUUUACCACAUGCAUGAUUUGAGUGUCUGUCUCAUUCUUCUGUCAUACACUGCUACUAACCCCCACCAAUGUUCUAACCUCUCCACUACUGAGUGAUUUGAGUGUCUGUCUCAUUCUUCUGUCAUACACUGCUACUAACCCCCACCAAUGUUCUAACCUCUCCACUACUGAGUGAUUUGAGUGUCUGUCUCAUUCUUCUGUCAUACACUGCUACUAACCCCCACCAAUGUUCUAACCUCUCCACUACUGAGUGAUUUGAGUGUCUGUCUCAUUCUUCUGUCAUACACUGCUACUAACCCCCACCAAUGUUCUAACCUCUCCACUACUGAGUGAUUUGAGUGUCUGUCUCAUUCUUCUGUCAUACACUGCUACUAACCCCCACCAAUGUUCUAACCUCUCCAAUACUGAGUGCCAAACUAAGUCAACACCAUUCCAAACAUUUAAAAAAAUAUAUAUAUAUAUAUUUUUUAAAGAAUCAUCUGGAUAUUCACCUAACCCCCCCAAUGCUCCUCCUCGGGGGGGAUUCCUUUGAACUAUCAGACACAGGACUAAGACGGUUCAGGCUGCUUGCCCCCGCUUCUCCUCAACUCUCUUCAUCAUCUUUUCAGCCUACAUGACAUUACGAUUAUGUGUGGUGUUGUCUGGCACCUUAUCUUUGACCCUUUUUUGACCCUCCCAUGAACUUAGUUGACCUUAUACACCCUUUGUGUGUUUUUAUUAUUUUGACCCCAGGUUUAUUGCCAAACUUUGCUGAGACUACAACUGUAUGAAUUUUCAUUUUGUUUGUUUGUUUUCUUGUCAUCCGGAUAAUUCUGAAGGGUUGAAAGUUAACUAAAAUGUUGAUUGAAAAAAGCAUGACAAUGCCUUGCACACCUCUUUGGCUCCAUUGCAAAUAUUCUUUUGGGUUAGGUUUUUAAUUUUGUAAAACUUUUUGUUUUUCCAUUUCAAGAAAUGGACUGUCAGCAUAAGUUAAAUGUUACUCAAAACUAAAAAAAGUUUUGUCAAUCUGAAUGACUAGUGUCUCUAUAUUAAGACAGAGAAGAUACCAUUUGAAAGUUUAGGCCUCACUUGUCUUUUGACUUAAGCAUUUGCUUGGAUGCCUUUACACAGACAGUCUCAAUCUGAAAGACUGUCUUUCCCUGAGCCAUUUCAGUGAAGUACGGAUGGGAGCUUUUUAAUGGAGAUAUUUGCCAAUACGAGUGCCAAAUGAAAUCUCCAUUAAGCCAAAAGCCAGCCAGCCUACACACUGAAGCUGUGGUAGCACUGGGAUGGUUCACUUCCCAAUCCCAUUUCUCCCAGAAAACACUUCAUUGUUUGACAUUUGACAUGACAUGCCACUAUUUUUAUAUGCUGCCAGUCUAUUUACUGCUUUCCUCAGUGAGACAUCUCAGAAGCAGUUCCUUUUAUAACGAUACACUGUUGAUUAAUGACAACAGCAACUAUGAAAAGGGAAUGAAAGGAUUUUUAAAGUGUCAUUUUUGUGAACUUUUUUUAAUUAUUAUUAUAAAUUAUCUGAACAUCAUUCAUUAAUAGAUUUAAGGGUAAUGACUAUAUAAUGUAACUGUAGUAUUGUGUUUGUAAAAAAAAUCUGUGAGUUGUGUUUUAUGACUCGUGGACUACCAGUGAAGUCAGCAUUUCAGUGUUAAUAUAUUGAAUUGUUUUUUAAAGAUUAUUUUUGCGACGGCAACAGCAACAAAGAGUCAUUAUAAAUGUUCAUCUUAGCAUCA